AUUUGACUCUGGAAUUGAGGUCAGUAUGUGAGGAGAAGUAUUAGUUGUCAGAGGUUAAUUUAUUUUUCGUUUUUGUGGGUAAACAUUGUGUUUUUUUGUUUAAAAAUUAGUGAAAAAACAAAUUAUGUGGAAAUUUAAGUUCAACAUGCCACCAUUAAAAGGGUUUCUACUAAGUUUUCUACUCUCCUUACUACUACUACAAAAUGUGGAAAGUGCAAGAAUCCUCGCCAUCAUCCCCAUAGCCUCCUACUCCCACCAAAUGUUCUACCAACAAAUAUGGCGUGAAUUAGCCCUUCGCGGGCAUGACAUGGUCGUGGUAACAACCGAUCCCACCGGUGAACAACUCCCAAACUUCAAAGAAAUCAACGUGAGCGAAACAUACAUCCCCACGAAGGAAAUGAUCAACGCCUCCAUAAAAGAAUCAAUGUUCAAGCUAUUCCUCACCAAUCGCAUGAUGGACCUUGAUGAAAACAUUGCAUUAUUCCAAAUGAAUUUACCACAGAUGCAAGAAUUGAUUCAUAAUAAAUCAGAACAUUUUGAUUUGAUUCUGGCUGAAGCAUUUCCCAGUAUGCAUAUGGCUUUCAAACAUAAGUAUAACUGUCCGUUGAUUUCUGUUAUGUCUAUUGACGCAUUCUCAGCGUCGCAUCAAAUCAUGGGCAACCCAACACACACGGUGAUGUAUCCUAUUUCGAUACUACCGUUUCAAGAGAAUAUGAAUUUAUUUGAGAGGACUGCUGUGUUCUUAUUUGAAGUGGUUAUGCAACUAUCACAAACAAGAAAUAUGGAGAAAUUGAAUGAAUUGACUAGAGAGGUAUUUGGUGAAGAUGUUCCGGAUGUUUUCGAAUUGAUGAAAGAAUCAGACAUGUUAUUUGUCAAUGCGAAUCCAUUGUUUUCAGCGACGAGACCUCACACUCCAAGUACUAUUAAUCUAGCUGGAGGGGUUCAUAUGAAGAAACCUAAACCUUUACCAAAGGAUUUGAAAGACUUCCUAGACUCUGGUAAAGAUGGUGUUAUCUACUUUAGUUUAGGUAGUAAUGUAAAAAGUAAAGAAUUGUCUUUAGAAUUACGUGAAACCCUUUUAAAAACCCUUUCUGAGCUUCCUUAUAAAAUUUUAUGGAAGUUUGAAGAUGAUACUCUGCCAGGAAAACCAAAAAAUGUCAAAAUUACAAAAUGGGCACCACAACAAGAUGUUUUAAGACAUCCAAAUGUCAAACUUUUCAUUACUCAAGGAGGAAUUCAAUCCUUGGAAGAAGCUUUGUACUCCCAUGUACCAAUGGUAGUCUUACCCUUCAUGGGUGAUCAAGAAGCUAAUGCUGCAAGAGUGAAAUCUAAACAAAUUGGGGUUAUGUUGAAUCCACAUAAAUUAACAGUUGAAGAUUUUAAGGCAGCCAUCUUGGAAGUCAUGGAAAACAAAAUUUACAGGGAUAAUGUCAAACGACUUGCUGAUCAAAUCCAAGACCAACCUAUGACGCCUUUGGAGAGAGCCAUCUGGUGGACGGAAUAUGUACUUAGACACAAAGGAGCUCAACAUUUAAAAGGCCCAACUAUUCCAUUAUACCAAUAUUAUUAUUUUGACGUUUUUGUUUUCCUAGGAGUAAUUUUACUUUUACUGCUAGCAGUUUUUGUUGGUAUAAUUAAAUUGCUCUUAAAAGGACUUAGAAAAUUAACCGGAUGUGAUAAAUCUAAAAAACUAAAGAAAUCCUAAUUUAAAUAAUUUGUAAAAUAAACUUUUUACUUGUAAAA